CUUGAUUUUGAAGUGAAGUUCCUGACGCCAGAAGAAUGUGUACACAUAGCGUGCGGGAUGUAUUCUAAGCUGAAGAUUCCAACUCAGUUCAGACGCACUGAGUUCUACUCAUUCUACAUGGAGCUCUUCGCUCAAGCUCAAUUGCUAAGGAAGAUGCCGAAAAAAACCUACCGGGAAAACAUUCAAUACGUCGACUUCCUAAUCUCAUCGGGCCGCAGCCUUGAGAAGAAGCUAGCAGGACGGGACCCGAUGUUGUUAGGAGACCUGCUGGUGGCAACGCGUCUUCUGUUGUCGGACUUGUGCCGACGCAAGGCGCAACUAACGACCAUGGAUCCUGACAAUUACGUGCAUUGUCCAGCACAGCAAGGAGAUGUGCUGGAGAGAAGCGAAGAGGCACAAGUCAAGCUUCAUCAGCUUCAUGAAAUGGUAACCAGAUUUUUAGUUUUUUUUAUUUCAAAUUACGUGCAUUUUCCGGCACAGCAAGGAGAUGUGCUGGAGAGAAGCGAAGACGCACAAGUCAAGCUUCAUCAGCUUCAUGAAAUGGUAACUAGGUUUAGAUUUAGAUUUUUUUUAAUUGCAAAUUACGUGCAUUUUCCGGCACAGCAAAGAGAUGUGCUGGAGAGAAGCGAAGAGGCACAAGUCAUGCUUCAUCAGCUUCAUGAAAUGGUAACUAGAUUUUUAGUUUUUUUUUUCAACGUGCAUUGUCCAGCACAGCAAGGAGCUGUGCUGGACAGAAGCCAAGAGGCACGGUCAAAUUUCACCAGCUUCAUGAAAUGGUAACUAGAUUUAGA